AUGUUAUCGAAUAAGUUGUCUUGGACACUUGCAAAUAAACCCUCUCAGUCUGUCUUGCCAAAAAGUAAAGUUGGCUCUAAACAUUCAGAUGACUUGACAACUUUGUCUUCAGCUUCAGAGAGUCCAUUCAUUGGUUUGUUGGACUCUAGCUUAUUGGACUCUCCUAGGUCAUCAACAACUGGCGAUACCAUUAGCAAGAGUCAUUCUUGGCUAGAAUCGCCUUCAUUUUUGGCACCAUUGGCAGUACACAUACUUUCAAAGUCGUCCUCACAAACUCUCUCAGUGUUAGAUACCGCUACAUUAUCAGCAUUCGAUCUUAGGUUAUACGCAACUCAAGACAUUGCUGCUGAUGAUUCGAGCGAUUUGUUGGACAUCAUUGACCAAACUGGUGCUGUAUCAAGUUCAGUUCAACUGCAAUCUCUUCCAGCUGAACUCAUUUGUAAUAUUGCCAUGCGUGCUGGGUUUUUCUCGGCUUUGCGUCUCUGUCAAACAUCCAAAUACUUUAAUGUAUUGCUGUCCUGCCCAUCGUCUUGGAGUUUAUACAAACAUCUUUCAUCUGACCAUAUUCAAAAUACAGUAACGGUCGUUACCAAGAUCCACACAUUUGACCAUCUAAUUUUUGGCGAUUGGCAGCCAGGACACAUUUCACACAAUGAUAGUGCUACGAGUAAUGAGGACGAGCGAGAAGUCUAUUUUGUCCACAAGACAUUUUUAGAGCAGUUUGAUUUUCUGGGCGGAAUUUCCUUUUCUAUGCAUCCAGGCGGCUUGGCAACUGCCAAUUUUUUUGAGCAUCGCGAACAGUUGAGCUGCUAUUUGGAAGAUAUGCGACAAGGUGUCCAAAGUGGACGCAUCCCACCACCACUUAUUCCAGAAAUGACUUUACCUCCUACACCACAACCGUCUCUUGCAUCAACCCCAAGGGAAGACACGACCGAUCAAUCUCGUACUCAAGCCUUGCUUAUAAAUACUAUUGUCCAAACCGCUUUCCCUUCAGCUUCUUCUCAUCACGUCAGCCCAGUUGGAGGUGCACGGCUUCAGCACAAAUGCCCUUCAUGUGAGGCUUACGACACUCAAACAGUACACAAGAGUAUCUUUGUAUUCGAUCAGGUUCCUCGACAUCCAACAUGGGCACGCGAUGGACUCACUUAUACAUACGCCUUCAAAGAUUGCAAGCGAACUCUGCGUAUAACAGUAAAGCCGUCUGUGAAUCGGAUAUGUAAUGACAACUUACCCAUGGUGACAUUCAACGCGAUUGCUAUUAAUAAUAUUGACUUGUCCCCGUUAUUGUAUGCUUUGUUUUUAAAGCUGGUUCAUAAAAUGUAG